CCUUGGUCCUUAAACGACCACCAACGCCAGGCAUCUAUCCGACUGAGCCAAUCUGUCGAUUAGCCAUCUGAUCAAUUUGGGAGCAGCAAGUAUUAGGAACUUUUUAUCGACGGCAAUGAAGCAAACUUUGACUGACAAAUUGGUUUAUUCGUUUACAUGGAAUGGGGGAGAAAAUUCCUUAAAAUUUGGUGACACAACAGUUGCCAAUGCUUUCUAUCUUUCGGCGAAAAAGUGUUCAAAUUUUGAUGGACCGGCAAAUAAGGAAAUUUUUAAAAGUCAUAUGUUGGAAGUACUGCGGCAUACCAAACAAAGGUACAAAAAAUAUUUGAAAAAACAUCUACCUGAUUAUUCACCAGAAGAUGAAGCCGAACUAAAACAGAAAAUCGCUGAAUUAGAGAGUCAACAGAUGAUUAUCUCAAACGAGAAGGACGAUUUGUCGGGUGAUUUGGCAGAUGAUUCGGCAAAUGAUUCAUCUUAAUUUUCUUUCUAUUUAACUUUUCCAAAUUAAUAAUUCAACAAGUUUUUUAUAUGAUAUUAAUUUAAAAUAAAUAUCGUCGUAGUUUUUGGUUACUUUCAAAGUAAUAAUUAUUAUUUAUAUCAGAGCUUUUAUACAAUUAUUAUUAAAGUUUUUAU